AUGAACCUUAGCUUUCAAGAUCCCUUUAGAAUAGGGGAUAUUCCCGAAGGAGUAGAAGACUAUCUGAUGGAUAGUUUAGGGUCAAAGGCUAAUUGCUUAAAGUUUAAUAGAAGAGGUACACUAUUGGCUGUCGGCAAUCAAUCGGGUACUAUAUCUAUAUGGGACUUUAUUACAAAGUCUAUCGUUAGAUUAUUCGCAUCACAUAAACAAUCUAUUAAUUCUUUAUCAUGGACAAGAGACGGACAGAGAUUAUUAAGUGGUAGCAGUGAUGGUUCGAUCAUUCUAUGGGAUAUAAACAACUCAUCAAUCAUUUAUAAAUUAGACUUUGACAGUUCUAUCAGUUGUGCUCAAUUACAUCCUAGAAAUGGAGAUAUAUGUUUGGUAUCAUUACAAUCAUCACCACCUUUACUCAUUCAUUUACCGACUAAUAAUAUGACACCCAUCAAUGUAAUGGGUGAUUUGGAAUUGAAUAGUACUUCUCCACCAUUACAACAACAAUCAAAUAAUAAUAAUAAUACAUCUUCAUCUAAUACAUCAACAUCUACGACGUCAACAACCAAUCAAACCGAUCAACAAACAAGUACAAAUGAAAUUAUAGCAAGUUAUAGUUGGAAAGGUGAUCAUAUUGUAGUUGGUGAUUCAAAAGGUAACCUAUUAUUUUAUAAUAGUACAACACAACAUAAAAAGAAUUAUCAACAAGAUUCAACUAGAUCAUCAACCAAGUUACCAUUGGAGAGAGUUGUAAAGGUGUCGUCUGGGUCGGCUGCAAUCAAAGAGAUUGAAUUUUCAAGGGAUGGAAAGUACAUGUUGGUUAAUGCAACCGACAAGGUCAUCCGAUUAUACUCACUCGAAGCAUUUGCAGUGGUCAGAGAAUACCACGACAGUGUCAACCGUGCACAAUGGAAGAAAUGUUGUUUCUCCAACAACUCUGAAUACCUAGUUGCAGGUAUGCAACAUAAAUCAAUGCAUAGUAUAUUUUGUUGGAGUGUUUCUGGUGGUCUUGUAAAAGAUCUUGAAGGUCCAAAAGAAGGUUUUCAAUUUAUUUGUUGGCAUCCACUUAGACCAAUGUUAUUGACAAUUAGUUUAACUGGUAUUAUUUAUAUAUGGUCAACUAUUUAUACAGAUACUUGGAGUGCAUUUGCACCAGACUUUACAGAAUUGGAGGAGAAUGAAGAAUAUCGAGAAUUAGAGGAUGAGUUUGAUGCAAAGGAUUCAGAUGAUGAAAGUACUGCAACAACAACAACAGAUCAAACCACCACUGGUAAUGGAAUUAUUGGAGGUAAAGGAGGAGGAGGUUCAAGGUCAGCUAGACAAAGGCAACAAAUUAUUGAACAAGAUGAUGUCGAUAUUGAAACGAUUGCACCAAUACCAGAGUUUAGUAGUGAUGAAGAGGAAGAGAUUAAUUCUUAUUGUGUACAUAAUACACUUAAAGUUGUAUAUGGUCUGACGAGAGGACGUGUAUCAAUGAUCUGCUUUGAAAAUAAUUAA